AUGGAGAGCAACCCAGUUCAGCUUUUCCAUCAUCUUGCACUUACACUUCUUCUCUUCCUGUUUUCUGUUUCGAUUUCUGUGACCGAGCAAGGCCUCGUUCCAUCAAUAAGGACGGAUGCUGCGGCCCUUCUUUCGUUCAAGAAAGUGAUUCAAAAGGACCCAAAUGGAGUUUUAACAGGAUGGCAGAUUAAUCGAAGUCCAUGCAUCUGGUAUGGUGUUUCUUGCAAUACUCUUGGAAGAGUCACUCAUCUUGAUCUUACAGGAUGUUCUCUUGCUGGAACUAUCUCUUUCGAUCUUUUGUCUUCUCUUGAUAUGUUAUCUGCUUUGAAUUUAUCUUUCAAUUUGUUUACUGUAAAUUCCACUUCUUUGCUUCACCUCCCAGUUGCACUACAACAACUUCAAUUGUCUUCUACUGGGCUUGAAGGUCCGGUUCCUGAGAAAUUUUUCUCCAAGAACCCAAAUCUUAUUUACGUAAACCUUUCUCAUAAUAAUUUAUCAGAGUUAUUGCCAGAUGAUCUUUUAUUGAACUCUGAUAAAGUUCAGGCGCUUGACCUUUCUUAUAACAAUUUUACUGGGUCCAUUUCAAGCCUGAAAAUCGAGAAUUCCUGCAACUCUUUGUCGCAACUUGAUCUAUCUGGAAACCAUUUAAUAGAUUUCAUUCCUCCUUCCCUUUCAAACUGUACAAAUCUCAAAACUUUGAAUCUUUCGUUCAAUAUGCUCACUGGAGAGAUCCCAAAGUCUUUUGGUGAGCUGAGCAGUUUACAGAGAUUGGAUCUCUCUCACAAUCAUAUUACUGGUUGGAUUCCUUCUGAGUUGGGAAAUGCAUGUAAUUCACUUUUAGAACUUAAGCUUUCCUAUAACAAUAUUUCAGGUUCGAUUCCUGUCUCUUUUUCCCCUUGUUCUUGGCUGCAAACUCUUGAUUUGUCUAAUAACAACAUAACAGGGCUCUUUCCAGACUCUAUCCUUCAAAAUCUUGGUUCAUUGGAAAGAUUGCUGUUAAGUUAUAACCUAAUUUCUGGAUCAUUUCCGGCUUCCAUUUCAUACUGCAAAAGUUUAAAAAUUGUGGACCUCAGUUCCAACAGAUUUUCUGGUACCAUCCCACCAGAUAUAUGCCCCGGUGCAGCCUCUCUUGAGGAGCUGAGAUUGCCGGAUAAUCUCAUUAUAGGAGAAAUCCCAGCACAAUUAUCACAAUGUUCCAAGCUGAAGACACUUGAUUUCAGCAUAAACUUCCUCAAUGGCUCGAUCCCAGCUGAGCUUGGAAAGCUGGAGAAUUUGGAGCAGCUGAUAGCAUGGUAUAAUAGCUUGGAAGGGAAAAUUCCACCGGAAUUGGGCAAAUGCAGGAACCUGAAGGAUCUUAUUCUCAAUAACAACAACCUAAGCGGUGUAAUUCCUGUUGAAUUAUUCAGUUGCAGUAAUCUUGAAUGGAUAUCUCUCACAAGCAAUCAGUUCACAGGCAAAAUCCCUCGGGAAUUCGGCCUUCUGUCAAGGUUAGCAGUCUUGCAGCUUGCUAACAACAGCUUGAGUGGAGGGAUACCGACAGAGCUAGGAAAUUGCAGCAGCUUGGUUUGGUUAGACUUGAACAGCAACAAGCUCACUGGUGAAAUCCCACCUCGACUUGGCCGGCAACUGGGGGCAAAAGCAUUGAGUGGAAUUCUGUCCGGAAACACUUUAGUGUUUGUUCGGAACGUGGGGAAUUCAUGCAAAGGAGUUGGAGGUUUGCUGGAAUUUGCUGGUAUCAAAGCCGAAAGACUUUUGCAGGUCCCAACAUUGAAGACUUGUGAUUUCACAAGAUUGUAUUCAGGAGCCGUCUUGAGCCUUUUUACACAAUACCAAACACUGGAGUAUCUGGAUCUCUCUUACAAUGAGCUCCGAGGGAAAAUUCCAGACGAAAUUGGGGAUAUGAUGGCCCUGCAAGUUCUUGAAUUAGCGCAUAACCAGCUAUCUGGUGAGAUUCCCGCAUCACUUGGCCAGCUCAAGAAUUUGGGUGUGUUCGAUGCUUCACAUAACAGAUUGCAGGGUCAAAUCCCAGAUUCAUUCUCAAACCUAUCUUUUCUGGUGCAAAUUGAUCUCUCAAAUAAUGAAUUAACAGGGGAAAUUCCACAAAGGGGGCAACUCAGUACACUUCCAGCAAGCCAGUACGCAAACAAUCCAGGACUUUGCGGGGUUCCAUUGACUCCAUGCGGGAGUGGAAAUAGUCACGCAGCAUCUAAUCCAACCUCAGAUGUUGGCAGAGGAGGUAGAAAGACUGCAGCUGCAUCUUGGGCUAACAGCGUUGUCUUAGGGAUCCUCAUCUCCAUCGCUUCCCUCUGCAUUUUGAUUGUGUGGGCAAUAGCAAUGCGUGUGAGGCAUAAGGAAGCAGAGGAAGUCAAGAUGCUUAAAAGUUUGCAAGCAUCCCAUGCAGCCACAACAUGGAAGAUUGAUAAAGAGAAAGAGCCAUUAAGCAUCAAUGUAGCUACAUUUCAGAGGCAGCUGAGGAAGCUAAAGUUUUCUCAGCUCAUUGAGGCCACCAAUGGCUUCUCUGCAGCAAGUCUAAUUGGGUGUGGUGGGUUCGGAGAAGUGUUUAAGGCCACAUUGAAGGAUGGUUCUAGUGUUGCAAUCAAGAAGCUGAUAAGAUUAAGCUGCCAGGGAGACCGAGAGUUCAUGGCCGAAAUGGAAACUCUAGGGAAGAUAAAGCAUAGGAACCUUGUCCCUCUGCUGGGGUAUUGCAAAAUUGGUGAGGAGAGACUACUUGUGUAUGAAUUCAUGGAGUUUGGAAGUCUCGAGGAAAUGCUCCAUGGAAGAGGAAGAGCACGUGACAGACGGAUUCUAACUUGGGAUGAAAGGAAAAAGAUCGCCAGAGGUGCAGCCAAGGGACUUUGUUUCCUACACCACAACUGCAUCCCACACAUUAUUCACCGAGACAUGAAGUCAAGCAAUGUUCUGUUGGACCACGAAAUGGAAGCAAGAGUUUCAGAUUUUGGAAUGGCAAGGCUCAUAAGUGCACUUGAUACUCAUCUUAGUGUAAGCACACUCGCAGGAACGCCAGGGUAUGUGCCGCCUGAGUACUACCAAAGCUUUCGGUGCACUGCAAAAGGAGAUGUCUAUUCUUUUGGUGUUGUAUUACUGGAACUCCUAACAGGUAAACGCCCCACCGAUAAAGAUGAUUUUGGAGACACUAACUUGGUGGGUUGGGUGAAAAUGAAGGUAAGAGAAGGCAAACAAAUGGAAGUGAUUGACGCAGAAUUGCUCUCUGUGACGAAAGGAACUGAUGAAGCUGAGGCAGAAGAAGUUAAAGAAAUGGUGAGGUAUUUGGAAAUAUCAUUGCAGUGUGUUGAUGAUUUCCCUUCCAAGAGGCCUAGCAUGUUGCAAGUGGUGGCCUUGUUGAGAGAGCUGAUGCCUGGAUCAGCCAGUGGAAGCAGCAACAGCGGUUGA